AUGCGUUUCCAAAUUCUCCCAGUCGUUGCAGCCCUUGUAUUGCCACUCACGGCAGUUGCAUUGCCGGCAAAUACUGCGGAAGAAGUACCAGCCCAUCUGCGAGCGAAACGUUCUUUCGUCGUUCGAGAUGGGGUGGAGCGAACGAUCUUUGAGCAUGCGGCUUCUGGUGCGACGAUAGACUUCGUGACCCACUCUGGAAUCUGUGAGACUACUCCUGGGGCCAACCAAUACUCUGGAUAUGUUUCUGUUGGCUGUAAGUUUACUAUCAAGCAAGCCAGAAUUAGGUUCGCGUACUGAUGUAUCGAUAGCUAACCAGAACAUGUGGUUCUGGUUUUUCGAAGCGAGACACAAUGCUUCAACUGCACCACUCGCCGCGUGGUUCAAUGGAGGGCCAGGAUGUUCGUCUAUGAUCGGCCUCUUCCAGGUAGGCAUUCUUACUUCUGAAUUUGAGACUUUUCUGAUACAUUUGUAGGAAAAUGGCCCAUGUCAAUUCUACGACGGAGCUUCCACGCCGUCAUUGAACCCAUACAGUUUCAACGAGUAUGCCAACAUGAUCUAUAUCGAUCAACCGAUCGGUGCAGGAUUCUCCUAUGGAACCGAAACGGUGACAUCGACAGCGACGGCAGCUUCUUAUGUGUACGCAUUGCUUCAGGCAUUCUAUGCGAAUUUUCCACAAUACUCAUUGAGAAUCGUGAUUUUGGGGUUUUCACGGAAUCUUAUGGCGGGCACUAUGGACCAGGUAAAGAGCUCACUGAUCAUAAUUUCGUGGUGUACAGCAAUUUAUUGAUGGCUAUUUUCUAGAAUUCGCCUCUUAUUUCCAAGCUCAGAAUAAGAAAUCGGGGACCAUUGAAGUGCCUUUGGUUGCGCUUGGAAUUGUAAGUGUUUUUCGAGUUGUGCCUUUCCUUUUGGCGAUUAUCAGGGAAAGGAAAAUAAUUUGCCUCAAAAGACAAUGUUGCCUCUAUCAGAGUCUGUUUCAUAGCCUAUAUAUCAUCACAAGAUAGGAAAUCACUAACCCCUCAAUCUCCACCAGAACAACGCCUGGCUCGACCCAGCAAUAAACUACAAAUACUUUAUCGACUACGCCUACAACAACACCUACAAACCCCUAAUUUCCACCUCGCGAUUCAAUUCCCUCACAAGCUAUUUCAACAACAAAUGUCUCCCCGCCCUCAAGAAAUGCACCGGCCUGACAGGGACCGACCAAGCCUGCAUCCAAGCCGACAACAUCUGCGAGCAAAUCGAGGAAACCAUCCUGAACGCCGCCGAUUUCGACGCGUAUGAUGUCCGUCAAUCAUCCCAGGAUCCAUAUCCACCAGAAACAUACGUCAACUACCUCUCCAACGCGGCAGUCACAAAAGCCAUCGGCGCGAAGAGUGAAUACGCCGAGUGUUCCGACUCCGCAGGAGACAAAUUCAACACCGCCGGCGACGGUACGUUGCUCACUCCCUCUAUCUAAUCCAAUCCUAACAAUCUAGACGCACGAUCCCUCCUCAGCACCCUCUCCGAAGUCGUCCAAACAGGCAUCUCAGUCCUGAUCUGGGCCGGCGACGCAGAUUGGAUCUGCAACUGGUUCGGGAACAUCAUCACCGCGGAAGCGGUAAGCUACUCGCAGGCCACGGCGUUCAAAGCGAAGGCCGUGGCGGAUUUCAAGGUGAAUGGGGUUGCGAAGGGGACGUUUAAGAAUGUGGGGAAUUUGAGUUGGUUGAGGAUUUUUGGCGCGGGGCAUGAGGUCAUGUAUUAUCAGCCUGAAGUGAGUUUGCAGGUGUUUAAGCAGAUUAUGCAGAAGGAGGCUAUUAGCAGUACUUGA